AUGGAAUUCCAUAUAAUAAUACAAAUUACACCUGAAAACAUUGAAAAUAAAGAAUAUAUGUGCAAUGAAAUGAAUUGCAAGAAGAUUUUCAAUAAUGAACAGAAUCUCAAGAAGCACAUCAACUUACACUACAACGAGAUUGGAAAGUCAUCGAGAAUUGUCUAUCAAUACAGUUGUCCAAUCAAUUCGUGUCGUCGAUUUGUUGCAAAUGAAUAUUUUUCCUCUCGAAAGCACUUGAUUCAGCAUUUCUAUAAAGUCCACAACAGUGAGAAAUUUAGCUGUACAAAUGUAAACUGUGAUAAAAGAUUUUCUACGGAAAUUUUGAGGAAUAUGCAUUUAAAAAAUUGUGGAAAGACAUUUGAAUGUAAUUUUUGUAAGUCAACAUACAGUUCUGCUGAGGCUUUGCUGACUCAUCGGAGAAGAAAGAAUCAUUUGGAAAAUAAAAAGAAGAAAUCUGAAGAAACUCCAGCUAAGAAAAGUGUGUCCACAGCUACAUCAACAAGUGCUUCACAAACAUCACCCACCAAAGAAACUAGUCAGACGAAAGUCGUCACAUCUGAAUCAAAAUCAACAUUAACUGACAAUAUUUACACAAAUCAGCCAGCAACUUCCUCUUCAUCAUCAACAAAGUUGAUCAAAAAUUCAUCAACAUCUACUGAUGAUUUUAUGAAAGAAGACAAUUCCAACAGUCUUUCAUCCACUUCUAGUCAAAAUAAGACAACAAAUGUCAACUGGAUGUCCACUGGAGGAUUUGAGGAAGAUUCUGUGACUUUAUUUGAUAAUGAUAUAAAAAUGGAAUUUUAUUCUGCUGAAACACAGACAGAUUUUAGUGAAAAUUUGUUCAAUAACAACUAUACGCAGACAACAUUUGCUGAUUUUUAUGAUUUUGAGAAGUUUGACAGUCAAACGCAGACCAAUUGGGAUGAAUUUAAUCAAGGUUUUUGA